CGGUGGAGCACCGGGGAAGAAGCAACUACGAGGAGAGCUCGAGACGAGCAAAACAACGCUGAUUUCGAGAAGAGAAAAUCGAAAUUUCUGUCGCCUACUCUACACCUUGAAAACCGCGGAUUUUAAAAUCCUCGUCCAACCACAAAAUGAGACGGACGAGACACGUCGUGUUGCCCGUGAGAUCCUGGCAGUACGUCGGCCUGAUGGUGGUUUCACUGGCGUGCCUCACCCUCGGCCUGAUAUCGAGGGACCGCGGUGGAAGAUCGGGAAGCCUCGGGGGAUCCGAGCUUAUGCACACUGCGCCACACGAAGUGGACGCCUGCCCAAACAGACACCCCUUCGAGCCGGUGUCCCCUUAUGACGAAUCGGCACACGGAAGAGGUUUCAAAGAUAACGCGGAUCAGAACGAAGCUCCCUUUAGCGAGGAGACUAAAAAAAUGGAGGUUUCGAGUCGUCGAUCGACGGCCACGGGCCGCAGGACCCGGAGCACCGAAUCGUCGCGCGUCCGGACCGACAAUCCCGACGCUUACCGAUCAGGCAGAGUCGAGCGUCUUACUCGCGAAUCCAGCCGCUCCCACGAGCGACUUUCCGCCCGUGUUUCCCGCUCGAAAUCGUUCGAUCUUCGGGAAACGUCGAAUCGGAUGGAUCGGGAAGAAUCGAGCGAUCGGUACCGCCGAUCGGGCUCCGCGGACCGAAGGAAUCGAGGGACGUUGAAGGAUGUUUCGUCCCGGAGACAAAAACUGAUGUCAGAGCGGCGUCGUUUCGACGGGCGCCGCGACGAUCGCGUCGCGGAAAGCCGAUCAAUCGAAGCCCGGUCGCUCGAUCGGCGCACAGCCGAUUCCGAUCGAAGACAACGGAGCCGGAGUGUCGAUCGACGCGCAGUUCGAUCGGUCCGCGGUAAUCGUUUCGAUCGACCUGCACCGACUGCUCGAUUGCACGACGACCGUUUGGAGCGAACUUCCGAAAUGAAUCGCAUCGACAUCCGGUCGCCCGUUCGAUCACAAGGACGCAACCUGGUUGAACGACGCGUACAAAAUGAGCGAGCCAGUCCCAGGAGCCUCGCCGGUCGGUCGAGCGGGCCGAGAAUCGACGUGCGGAAAUCGCGGGACGACGAUCUCGUUCGAGUCGACACCCGGAGAGUGGGACCGCAAGAACGUAGCGUCUCUCGGUCCGAACGUCAGAAGAGAGAAGCGAGCAGGUCGCCGGCCGACGGACGAUCUUCGCGGCACGACGGCGAACGAACUGCUGCUUCGAGGUCGAGACUCCGAUCCGAGGAAAGACGAGCUUCCCCUUCAGAAGCAACCGGAGAAAGGGCCUGGAUCGAUUCCCUGCGACGCGACGUCAGGAGAACUAGAAAUUCGGGAAUUCGAGGACACCCUGAGCGUAAAGAGCGUUCUGCGAGCCGCGAUAUGUCGCGAGAAGGUCAAACCUCCGCUGGCAACAGGCACGAACGAAGUCGGGCUUCGUCGAUGCGAACCAUCCCCGAAACUGCUCGGUCCGGGCGCCUCGCUGCGCGUCGCAGUCCGGAGGAGCGUCGCCAGGAUUCGUUGAAACGUUCCAUCCCCCAGGAGCUCCGACAAACAUCGAGAAACAACGCUGAGCAGCAGCGCCGCACCGAAGCGUCGAGAAGCGCGAGAAUCCCGGAUUCCGGACGCCUCGCCGCGCGUGGCGAAUCACGACGACGACUCGGACCCUCCGCCGGUCGCAUACUUCCGCGAGAUCUCCGCACAGCUGCUCAAAGCCGCGAAACUUCCGUCCUCGGAGACCCUGGACGGACCUCAGGCCCUUCAAGGUCCUCGGACUCCGCGCGGUCCCGGCGUCUCGCCGUGGCCGAAGUUUCUCGGGAGCGACUCGGACGGUCAACCGAUCGAGUUCUGGCACGAGAACCUGGAAGGACCGCAGAACGUCGUGAAACCGGGACGACCUCGCUGCGCCACGAUGUCCCGGUGUCCAGAGCGUCGAGAAUCAACGGCUCCGGGCGUUCGGCCGAUCGCGCUCCCACCCGAGAACUCGGGUCAUCGAGCGAACGCCGCGAAACUUCCGACUCGAGGGACUCCGGACGAAGAUCCGAGAGGAACUCGGCGCGACGCGUCGCCCGUUUGUCCCGGGCGCCACGAGUCGCCGACUCUGAGCGCCUUGGCCGUUCGGCCGAUCGCCGCGGAACAUCAAGCCUGAGAGCCUCGAGACGAACGUCCGAAGAAAAUUCGCUGCGACGCGAAAUCCAACGUUCCAGGGUGUCGAGGAUCGCGGCUCCCGAGCGCCGCGAACACCGCGCGAUGUCCGAGGGCAUCCUUCGUAGGAGCGAACGUUCGAUCGAGCGAGGAGUGCAAACGUCGGAGGAGCGACGUGGAGCAUCGUCGUUGAGGAGGGAACGCGACGAAGAGUCGAGACGCAACUCCGUAGACCGCCGGAGCUCCGGGACACCCAGGAACUCGAACGUCGAACAUCGCGAGCGGCAAGUUUCCCAGGAACUUCGCGAACCUUCCAGCGAAGAGUCUGCCGCCCGCGAACCUCGAAUUUCCCGUGAGCAGCGUCCCCGCAGCGAGAGGCCAACGAUCGAGGAAAAUCGGGCCGCUCGCGACGUAAGAAAUCGGCAAAUACUUGCGGAACGCCGCCCACCUACCAGCCCGGAUUCCCUCACCCGGGGACUUCGAGUCUCCCGUGACCGGAACGCCGUCGAUGUGCGCGGCGAGAAACGUAUCGAGGAAAACCGCGCUGCCCGUGACGCAAGGAACCGCCGAAUCGUUAUCGAACGUCCCCGAACCAGUUCCGGGAACAUCCCUCCAUACCGGGGCGUUGGGAAGCCCUCGAACGUCAAAACCAACGAUUACCUUUAUCAGGCCCUGGUCCUUGCACUCUGCGCAGUUUACGGGGCUUCGAUGUUCCGAGGAAAAGGGGGAUUCAGCAGCCUCAGGGACAUCGUUUAUCCAACAAGCCGUUUCGUUUUGUCCUAAAUGGAGAGAAUACUGACUCGAGCUUUCGCAUACUCGUACGACUCGCCGAAAUCAACGGACCUUUUCCUCACUCAACUCUAUGUGUCUAGCUAAAUAGUUAUUAGAACUCGCAGCUGAUGGAAUACGUAGUUUGAAAAUAAAUAUUCUUUUAUGCGUGUCAAUAUUGUAGAAACUCCGAAAAAUCUAUAUUACAUUUAAGGAAAAUGUUAACUCAUAGCACCUACGCGAUGUUACAGUUGAAUCCUAUCGUAUUAAAAUUUAUUCUAGUAAACAUCCAGUCAAACAAAACAACAAAUGUACGCGAAGAAUUAUAUUUUUGUCUCUGAUGAAAUAAAACGUAAUGAAGCAAAA